AUGAUAUCUUCAAAACAAACUAAUUUGAUAGAUCAGGUAGUUCGCAGAUUCCGAAGACUGAAGGCAGAGCAACGCCGAGUUGCCGAAAAUGCGAUCGGCAUCGUUGAUGUACACCAAACUGGAGUCCAGCUCAAGUACAUGCUCUCAGGCAUUAUCCAGCAGAUGGAGAGAAUAGAAGAGACCCUGCAAAAUUUGCCUCAUGAUACGCGGCGACUCAAGCCAAGCGGUACUAAGUUGGACGAUAUCGAGGAGCUGAGGCUCCUGAUUCUGGCUAAGCAAAUCUGUCUUGGCUAUUUUAUUCGAAAGCCACAGGCUCUUCAGAUUGGCCAACGUGCCAACACAGCCCCUAGAUUCAUGUACUGCUACCUUUAA